AUAAGAAAUAUCUCUCUGCAUGUGCCACGUUGUCCAACAGAAAGUGCAGUUGCAGAAUCAAACCCUCAAUUGUUUCCUUUUUUGAAGAGACACAGCACGGGAACGUCUGAUCUGAGCCAUGUCUGGACUGAACGCGUCUCUUGGAUACUUUGUGGCUGUCGUGAUCUUUGCAGCUUCAGUUCGAACACUUCUUAAAAAAUGGCCAAGGUUGAGCUUCAUUUUGGAGUUUGCCUCCUCUUUCAUGCUGGUGGCAUGUUGGCUGGAGGUGCAGACCAUUGUGGAGGUGGGUGAGUGGGCUGGGGGCCUGGGUCCAGAUGUGACUGUGACCAUGCUGUUUGUGUUGUUGCUGACCCAUGGAGUGAUCUGUGGCAGUAUGUCAGGAAAUCCCAGUGUGGCUAUACGGGAGUUCCUGCAGCUGGAAGUCUCCACUGUUCCCACUCUGCUCGCUGUUGCCUCCCAGUUCCUCGGGGCCUACUUAGCUCUUCAUGUUGCUGUUUAUUACUGGAGCCUUGAGCUGACAGACAUGCACAUGAUCAAAAAUCUAAUGGCGAGAGAAUGCAGCACAUCUCUGUUGGUGUCCUUGCUUCAGGGUUUUUUCACGGAGUGUGUUUGUGCUCUCAUCUUUCACCUGAUCCAACUAAACCUGAGACGUAGAUCUGCUCUGAUUCGGGUUCCUGUGAUCGCUGUUCUCCUUACAUUCCUGUCCUAUACAGCCAGAGGCUUCACUUCAGCUUACAUAAAUCCAUCUUUGGCUUAUGGCCUCACCUUCUACUGUCCUGGAUUUACCUUUGCAGAGUAUGCAUUGGUCUACUGGCUGGGCUCCCUCACAGGAAUGACCCUGGCUCUUCUCUUGUUCAUGGGUCACAUUCCAAGACUUUUUGCCAAGAACCUCCUCUAUUUCCAGAAGACACGCUUCAAAGGGCCCAGAGGAGACAAAGGAGAAAAGAAGAAAAUGUGAAAGAAACU